AAAAAUAUAUGAUCUUGAGAGGGACAAAGAAGCAUUUUUCUUCUUUUAUAGGGAUAAACACCGUAAAUUCUCUUUCUUCUUCCGCCUUGCUUUCAAAUUAUCGGAUCAAAUCUCUUCGAAUUAGGGUUUCGUUUUCUUUUUGGGAAAAAAAAUCUUCAUUCUUACUUCAUAGGGUUUGAAAUUAUCGGAUCGAAUCCUUCGAGUUAGGGUUUCGUUUUCUCCCUGAAGAAAAUUCACCGUUCUUUAAAGAAACAACUAUGUACAACGGAAUCGGAUUGCAAACCGCUCGUGGCUCCGGUACGAACGGUUACAUUCAGAGCAAUAAGUUCUUUGUAAAGCCUAGGACAAAUAAGGUGUUGACGGGGAACAGCGGCGGCUAUGAGGCUGGACAGGGUAUAGCCGGCGUCACUAGGAAACCUAACAAAGAUAUCCUCGAGCAUGAUCGUAAGCGCCAGAUCCAGCUUAAACUUGUUGUUCUUGAAGAUAAGCUCGUAGAUCAGGGAUAUACCGAUGAUGAAAUCGCUGAAAAGCUAGAUGAAGCCCGUAGAACUUUGGAGGCUGCUUUGGCGUCAGAGGAUGCCGGUGGUGCCACAGCAGUUGUGAUGCACUCUGAUCAGAAGGUUUCAGACACUCAGACUCAUCAAGUUGCAGCACGUAAGCAGAAGCAAAUGGAAGCUUUAAAGAAUGCUCUUGGAAUAGUUCAUGAAGAUGAAAGGAAGAAGAAGUAUGCACUUGUUUCCGAUGAUGAAAAAAGCAACGAUGAUGAUGAAGCCAAAAAUAACAAUGGCAAACUUGAAAAAGAUAUCAAAGUUGGUAAACAUGGGAUUGAUGAGCUCAAAAGUUACAAGAAAAAAACAAGCAAAAAAAGAGAGGUUUCUUCAGAUAGUGAGAGUGACACCAAUACUAAUAGCAGUGAAGAAGAACCUGUGAAAGUGAGUAGGAAGAAACAUCAGAAAAGUAAGCCAAGAGUUGACUCUGACUCUGACUCUGAAUCUGAAUCUGAUGUUGAUGUAAGAAAAAGCAAGAGGAAAUCAUCAAGUAAUAAGCAUAAGAAAGAUAGAAAACAUGAAAGUGAUGAUUCAGAUUCUGAUGAACUCCCAAAUUUUAAAAGUGAAAAGGGCAAGCAACUUUAUUCCAAGAGCAGGCGGCAUGAUUCAGAUGAUGAUGAGUCUGAAUAUGAAGAAAGACGAAAGGAGGAGAAGAGGAAAGAAAGGAAGAUAGAAAAAGAGGUUUCUACCCCUAUUAAUGAUAGGUGGGAUGGAGGUGGUAACAAGCAUGAUGAUAGAGAAAGGAGAUAUGAGAGGGUGGGAAGAAGGAAUCAUGAUGUUGAAGAAGAUGCAAGGGGCAAAAAAGAGAGAGUUGAAAGCGGUGGAAGGAGGAGGCAUGAUAGCGAUGAUGAGGAUUAUGAAAGUAAAAAGACUAACUUGCCCUUGGUUAAGAAUCUAACGAAGAGCAAGAGUAGUGAUGAUGAAGAUGAAGAUAAAGAUAGAGAUAGGCGGGGUGUAAAGCACAAAAGAGAUGAGGAAAAGGGUAAGGGUAGGGGUAGGGGGAGUCAUUAUUCAAAGUAUAGCAGAGAGAAUGAAAGGAGGGGCGGGAGAAGCGGGGAUCAUGUGGAAGAAGAUUUAAGAGGCAAAAAACAGAGAGUUGAAAGUGGUGGAAGAAGGCAGAAUGAUGUUAAAGAAGAUGUGAAGGGGAAAAAUGUGAGAGGUGAAAGUGAUGGUGGAAGAAGGCAGCAUGAUGAUGUUAAAGAGGAUGUAAAGGGCAAAAAAGAGAAAGUUGAAAUUGGUGGAAGAAGGGUUCAUGGUAGUGAUGAUGAUUCCGACAUAGAUGUGAGACGUACAAGGGAGAAAGUUGAAAGGGGUAGAAGAAGACAUGAUGAUGAUGAACAUGAACCUAUGAUGAAGAUGAUGCCAAAUAAGGAUGAAGAUAAACACAAGAGUAAAGGUAGUGAUGAUGAGAAUGAAGAUGAAGACAAGAGGCGAGAGAGCGUGAAGAAGAAGAAGAAGAAGAAGAGUAUAGAAGCAGGAGAGGUGAGAGGGAUCACUCAAAGAGAAGCAGAGAUGAUAGGUAUGAUAGUGGCAAGCAUCAUCAUGCAGGACGUUCCAGGCAUUGAUCCAGUUUACUACGUUGCUUGUAGUUGUAAUGAAUUUACAUGGUGGUUGCUUGGAUGUAUUAAUGCAUGACAGAUAUUGUAAUGUGUGAGUUUCAACACUUGGCUUCCUUUCUGCACUAAAGAUUUUAUCAGAGUCUUAAAGCUUUUGUUUUAUUCAGUUUAUGUAAUAUGUAAUGAUGAUACCUACCAUUUGCCACUUAUAUUUUGUUGUGGUUUAUUUAUUUACUUUGCCUUUUGGAACAAAUAUAAGUGGGGAAUAAUUGAAUGCAUUCGUUGGUUUUUA